AUGCCUCGAUCCGAAGAGGCUGCCUCGUGGUAUACCAUGGUCUACAGAGCCGUGCAGCAGAUUCCGCCUGGGUCUGUGACCUCUUAUGGCCAUAUUGCGACAUUAUUGGGGUACCCCCAGGUCGGCAUGUGCCUGAAAUACCUGCCCUCCGCUACAGACCAGCCGGACGCUCGCUACAACUGCGAUACGGUCCCUUGGCAGAGGGUGAUCAAUUCAAAAGGAAGCAUCAGCCAACGAGGGACAAAUGGGGCGGCUGAUCAGGAAACCGCCUUACUGGCAGAAGGUGUGGAAGUCGGCCGUGGAUCUCUAGGCGAACGAACUGUCGACUUUUCUAGCUAUGGCUGGUUCCCAGAAAUCCUACCCAGCGACGCCGAUGACGAGCAACAACAACAACAAGAGAGCAUGAACGCAUGA